AUGCAUGUUAGUGUCUGGUCAGGUGCGUGCGUCUGUAAGAACGGAUUAUCAACCCCACCAUUCCGGUGCCCACUGUCGUGUGCUCGCACGCGUCCUGUCGCUCCAACGCCGGCACAUUUCUUACCUAACGCUUUAAUUUCCGUAGGGAAAUUUCCAGGAAAUAAAAUAUGUUUUUGCGGGUCGACUCUCGGUGGCACAGCAGGUGCUUCUUCGAAGCUGAUUGGAAACCGGCUUAUUCCGUCCAAUUGGCCCUCACCUCUACCACCACCACCACCACCAAACAUUCAAGUACACCGCCAAAUCUCCGCUGCGGGCCUCCUCACCCUGACCACCCGACACUCUACCACCGUACCAACCAAGCCUUCCUCCCACCUAGUCUUCUCCCUGCAACCUGAUGCCCUGUUAGAUAGACGAGCGGCGAAGCACAGAAAAUGGGUUGGCCUGAGGGAAGGGCGUCAGGGACAAAUCUGUGAAGAAAUGGGGAAAAUUACUUUCGCAAUGGUGGAAAAACGUUGGUCCGUCAUUUUUGCUUCUGCAUCUCCUCCUCACUCACUUCCGCUUCUCUCUCUUUCUCUUUCUCUCCCCCCCCCCACUCUCUCUCUAUCUACCUUUUUUCCCUCUCUUUUCUCAUCACUUUUCCUUUUCUCUCUCUCUCACACACACUCACUCUCUCUCUCUCUCUUCUUUCUCUCUCUUCUCAUCACUUUUCCCUUUUCUCUCUCUAUUUCUCUCUCUCCAUAUAUUUAUCUAUUUAUCUCUUACUCAUUCCUUUUCCUUUUAUCUUAUCUAUUUGGAUUCUUCUCCUUCCGGUCAAUCCUGUCGUCUGUUUCUUUCUUUUCUAGAUCCUAUCUAACUUCUACCUCCCCUUCUCUUCUUCUACUUCUUUCUUUCUUUCUACAUCAUCUGUUUCUCAAUCUUUUUUUUAUUUUUGUCCAUCUUUCUUAUUCUUCUUUCGGAGUCCUUUCGUCACAGGCACACCCUUUCACUCUCUUCUUCUAA